CUCGUCCAUCGUCACUCCAUCCCGGAAGCCAAAUAGGUCCUCCCCUCGGCGGUUCCCGUUUGCCCACCCGGUCCUUGUUUACGCCAGUACGAACGGCCACCGCACACCGUUUGCCUACACGUAGGUCUGGAAUCGUCCAAACUGUUUCCCGCGUGGAUCCACACCUCGAUGAGCGCGAAUACCAAGUGUGGGUGCCUCGUCGAUUAUCGCUUUCUCUCUUCUUGGGUCAAACCCUCAACCCGCCGGAAAAGGCCGUCAGCCCGCUGAGAAGGAUUGGCCAAUCUCGUAAAAAUCGACUGGAUUCCGUCUGCAUGGCGAUCUUGCACUGUCCAAUCCAUCGGAACUCCUCCAUGUUCCGAGUCGGUGACUCGUCCUAUCGCUACAUCUGUUUUUCAUCGUCCUUGUAUCUGGCCAAUCCACUCUGAGUUUCCAUGCCUCGCCCUCGUCGGCCAGGUGCUCCUGAGCCCAAACGUAGGUCCCGCAAAGGGUGCUGGCCCUGUAAAGCACGCAAAGUGAAAUGUGGAGAAGAAAAACCGGUCUGCCUGAAUUGUCGGCGCCAGAAUGAACAAUGUGACUACAGCAUUCGGUUAAACUGGGGAGGGAGGACAAAAAGAAGCCUUUCAGUGGAUUCUCCAAGCUCUCAAUCCAGUGCUCAGUCCGCCCAAUUCUUCUUCGCUCUCUCGCCCGCAGAUGCCCAACUGGACUCUAAUGAUGCCAUUCCGCUCGUUGAUCCCUUGAAUGUCGCAGAUGGGAAUAGUGUACAAGACCAAGACAUGGAUAAUCUGCUCUGGGGACCUGAACUUGUGCAAGAGACGACGGCGGAGACAUCUUUUCCUAGAGGGUUACAUGGUAUCCAAGAAUCCCCGGUUGUCCAUGAACAGUCAUCUAGGGCCCCUCAUCGUACGGAUGACAAGACACCAGUAGAGCUAAGUUCCUCGUCCCCGGGUAAAAAUGUCGCUGCUUCCUGGCAGGCCAUGUGCCAGGCCCCCUUGUCCAACGAGAUAAUCCCCGGGCAUCAGUCGUCUUUUGCACCGUCCAUGGACGCCGAGCCUUAUACAUCUCCCGCAGACACAGGCCCAAGCAUCGGUUCUUUAGCCAUUCUAAACUGGUCCCCUGCCACAGUAUCGCAGCCAAUCUCUUUUCUUCGGCAGUCCGCCGACAUACCGGAACCAUCUAUAUGUCAGUCACCAGUCGAUCGUGACAAACACAGACUUGCCAACAGGUGUGAUGGUCAUACACGGGACUUUCCCAACGCAGAUGUGACUGAUAGCUCACCCAGUUACAGCAAUCAAAGUUCAUCUAACCUUGAGUUUCUCUCGCCACAUUCAAGGAAACAAGAUUGUCUCCCGCCAUCUACUUCAACCCAAAGGGACUCGACCUUACCGGCUAACACGCCUGCGUCUACAGAAGAUCUCUUUGCUACAACAAUGGAUGCGCCACCCUAUACUCCCCACAGCAGGGUUAGCCAGGGAUCAAAUGCGCCUAGUGGCUCUACUUCCUCUGAAAGGAAGUGGCAUAUCUAUUUGACGAGCGUCACGGAUAACUAUGGACUAGACUGCGGCCGUCCCGAUCUGGAUUUAAACCAAAAUGAUGAUCACUCGGCAAUUGACAUCAAUUAUGCACUAAGCUUGGUGAAUCCCCAGAAUGAAUCUCCUUCCGACACGAGUGUUUCUGGCUCGUCAGAGAAAGAUGCUCAACCAGCAUGUUUGAAAUGCACUAGCUAUGCCUACUAUGAAUUGCCUGUCCCGAUCAACAUUCCCCGGUACCUGUCUCCUCUCCCAGUCACUUUAGUGCAAACCCCCGUCAACCUGAUGUACUUCCACCAUUUUCUCAACCACACUGCCAGGAUGUUGGUCCCUCACGACUGUGGCAACAACCCCUUCAUAACUGUCUUACCAAGUAUGGCGAUCGGCGACUCCAACCUUUUGAAUCUGAUGCUAGCGUACUCUGCCAGCCAUCGUGCUAGAUACUUGAAACAUCCAGAACCCGCCAACAGGAUUGCACACUGGGUUAGCAACGUCUUUCCCGCACUGCGCCUUGCGCUGGAAGAUGCUCACAAGAAGACCACGGACAACCACCUCGCCGCGGCCAUAAUGUUGCUUUCCUUGAAGAUUGUAUCCCCUAGCACAUUCGAAGUACCCAUUCCUUGGCAAAGCCAUCUCAAACUGGCUCGUGACCUCUUUCUAGCACGUAAAGAGCAGAUGGUAUACCCUGGAAAUCGGGUCGGCGCGUUUCUUACUCGCUGGCUAGGGUAUAUCGAUAUCAUGGGCACUUUGUCCUGCCGCCACAGCGAGCCUCCAUUGCUUGCAUAUUUCUCCUCGUUGAAUACAUGCUGCACUGGCGAAAAGUACGACGAAUACUGUGUGGACUGUUUCACAGGUUUUACGCCUCGCACCGGUCUAUUUCUGAUGCGCCUUGGCCAGCUAGUGCAUCAAUGCGAUAAUGAGCAGUUUGACGGGGUCGGCACUUUUGUCUCCGAGUGGACGCCUUCAGCCGAUACAAUCUUUGAGGCGCAAGCUCUGCUCGCCGAUCUCGAGGUACUUAACAUGCACGCGCAUGCUAAUGGGAGGCAUUUCAAAGAUUCGAUGUCUACGGACAUUGUAGCUAUGGACCAGGCUUUCCGCUACGCAGGGUUGGUCCAUCUUCAACGCCGGGUCCUCGGCAUCUCUUCAUCUUCACCAGCGCUGAAGAGGGCCCUUGACAAGCUUUUUGAAUCCUUGGCUCAGAUUCGCUCGGGGUCAUCUGCCGAGGUUGGCGCCGUUUUCCCACUGUUCACUGCCGGGUGUGAGUCUCAAGGCAUUGAGCAGCGGACAGAGAUUCAAUCUCGAUUCGAGCUUCUGGAAAGUACGGGGUUAAAGCAGAUCCAAAAUGCUCGCACGUUAAUGCAACGGUGCUGGAAGGAGGACCGGCCAUGGAUUACUCUGACCCAAGGAGAAUUCCUGGGGUGAUUCAACAAGUCAUUCGCUCCUGUCUGCGUUUUGAGGCGUUCUUUUCUGGCAAAUUGCAGUUGGUUCUUUCGUGAGACACUUGACGGGUUCUACGGAUACAGUGCCAAAAACACAUAAGACUACCAUGCAUGCAUCGUGCAGCAAAGGCGCAGCGGUUGCUUUAGUCAAUUAACUUCGUGC